CGAAGGUCUCUUUUUUGAACGUCAACCCAUUCCGGCCACAUCGUUCCAACAAUGGCCACAUCGCCACAAUCGCACACCGGAAAUGCCCAACCAUACGGCGUACUAUACACUUCUAAGUCUGGAUCUCCCAAGGCGAAGAGCCUCGACGAGUUGCUUACGCCGGACGUGCAAUUCGUGCGCGUGCAGUGGGUCGACUUGAUCAACACGAUUCGCUAUCGCAUCCUGCCCGCUGGCUACUUCCGCACGCUCCUCUCUGACCCAAGCUCGCGUGGGGGCGUUCAGAUCGGCAAGAUCGUGUUGGGCCUCGUCGGGCUUCAGCAUGCUCCCGGAUUCGGCGCCGUCGGCGAGUACCUUUACGUCCCGGACCUCAGCAGCUGGCGUGUAUGCACAUACGCCCCAGGGCACGCGUCCGUUAUGGGCUGGUUCCAGGAGAAGACCCCAGACCCGCAGACGGGCAGGCUUGCCGUCGACCUCUGCCCGCGGACACUCCUUGCACGGCUUGUACAGGAGGCACAGGAGAAGGCAGGGGUAUCCUUCCUCGUCGGUGUCGAAUCGGAGUUCAUCCUCAUGCGCGCGGACACGUCUGAGCUGGAUUUCCUGAACGACGCGGGUUGGUCCUGCUCGGCGAAGACACGCACGGGUAGUGUCGAAACGGUGGUCCUUGAGGAGAUCGCCCGCGAUCUCAUCGCCGCCGGCGUCGAACUGCAGAUGUACCACGCCGAGGCGGCGCCAGGGCAGUACGAGGUGAUCACCGGCCCCCAGGCGCCCCUUGAGGCGGCGGACACGCUCGUCUUCACGCGCGAGACGAUCUACAACGUCGCGAACAAGCACGGGCUACGCGCCACCUUUGCCCCGCGCCUUCACACCGACUCGUGCGGUAGUGGCGCGCACACGCACAUGUCCGUGCACGGCCCACCCGCGCGGGCCCGCACGGCCGACGACGCGCGUGCGCCCACGCUCACGCCUGUCGAGCGGUCCUUCCUCCAGGGCGUGCUGACGCAUCUGCCUGCCAUAUGCGCAUUCACCUUGCCCACGGCUGCGUCGUACGCACGUAUGGUCGACGGGAUCUGGUCGGGUGGCACGUAUGCAGCGUGGGGCACAGACAACCGCGAGACGCCCGUGCGGCUGUGUGGUCCGCGCGGCCACCACCACUUCGAGGUAAAGUGCGUGGACGCGACGGCGGCACCGCACCUCGCGAUCGCAGCGCUUGUUGGCGCCGGCCUGAAGGGGAUUUUGGACGGGGCGGUGUUGACGAUGGGUGAUUGCCCGAAGCCGAUGUGGGAGAUGACCGAGCAGGAAAAGGUGGCGGUGGGCAUGACGAACCCCUUGCGGCUGCCGACGAACAUUGUGGAUGCGCGCAAGGCGCUCGUAGCUGACGAGGUGAUAGAAGGUGUUUUGGGAGCAAACUUUGUACGUACGUACAUUGGUGUGAACGAGACGCUGGAAAUGUUCAUGCAGGGCAAAGAUGAGAAGGAGACCGUCAAGAAGCUUGUCGAGUAUUAUUGAGUCGCCGGUUGCCCGGGCCCAACCAGGACAAUUCCCUGACCUAGAAGCUUGUGAACAUUUGAUUGGGAUGACGCAAUGAAGCCGAGUCCCACGCGGACAACUGC